AGGCUGAGUUAAUGGUAGACGACGUGCAGCCAGAACAGAGCAGCUGCGUAGUCUACGGAGCAGAGUAGCGGCAACUGGCACCAGUGAUGACCGAGGAAUCCACUUUACACGAUUAAAUUGUCUGCUAGGUAACUCCAUAACCCAGGGAAAAAACGAGUUCCAUUUACUGACAGUCAUCAAUUUUGGUUGCAACUGAUUUAUUUGGUUUCGGAACUGGUGAAUAACUAGAGGCUUCUGAAUCCUUCUUCUCCGGCGAAUUGUGUUAGAUUGUAGAUUUGGUUAUGAAAGCUCCAUCAGGGACUUCUUGAAUUUACUGCACUGAAGUAAGCUCAUCGGAUUUUGAGGGUUUUGGUCAACAAUCUGGUUCCGUCAAAUUGUAUGCCAGGUGUUCGAUGAAAGGUUUAUCUGCAUAAAUUCGUGGAGGAAACUGGGUAUUCUCGAUUGAGUGCUGUGACGAAGACGAGCUUGUGGCAGAAUCUUCUUGGAGAUUCAAAUAGUUACAUAAGCUGGCAUAAAUCUUACCGGACACAAGGUGACUGGCAGAAGCUGCGGUCUAUGAUUCUAAAGAGAGUCGAGGAUCGAGCUGGUGAGUAUCGGGUGAAAGCAAUCAUCCCUUUAGCAAAAGAGGUGUUUGAUGCUAGGAAGAGGGUUAUUCCUGGCGUCUCUGUGCUAAUGAAAGUUGUCCCAGUCGUCGCGUGAGAGUUCUGUCCUGAAGUUUUUGUUGGAAAGAAAGGCAUCCGAUUGAGACCUGUAAAGGGUACAAGCGCAUUGGGAAGAAGUUCAUGAAUGGAUUCCUGGUAGUUUGAAUGAUAUACUCGUUCCAAUCGAGUCAUACCACUUACCCAACAUGUCACCAAAGAUUAUUAAACAUGCCCAAAGGUUCAAUUUCGAUCGUUUCCCUGCUGUGAUUGGGCUGUGCUGUCAGGCUGGUGCUGAAUCAGAUCAGCAUAACCCACAACAAGACCAUGGUGUCGAUGACAGUGCAGCGUCUUUGGCACCCGAGGAUGUAAAAUUUCUCGCUAACGGGACUCUCAAGGUGUGGGAGACACUUAGGUCAGGUGUAGAGAAGUUGUUGCUGGAUUAUCCGGCUAAAGUUUGCAAGCAUUGCUCAGAAUCUCAUGUUGGUGCAUCAGGGCAUAAAGCUCGACAUUGUGGAGUGUUUAAGUACGAAAGCUGGCGUGGAACACACUUUUGGGAGAAGGCAGGUGUCGAUGAUUUGGUGCCCCAGAAAGUUGUGUGGAGUCGGCGACCUCAAGAUCCAUCAGUUCUAUGUGACGAAGGGCGAGACUUUUAUGGCCACGAGCCAUCGUUGGUUGAUCUGUGUGCUAAAGCUGACGCCAUUGUCCCAACGAAAUACUUCUGUAUGAUGAAAGUUCAAGGUCUCUCUCCUCGUCGUGCGUGAGCAUUGAAGAAGAUUAACCUAGUGGUUGUUAGAAACAAAGAUUUCCAACGGUUUGAAUUGGGGAAACUAGACUGAUCAACUAGGGAUUGAUCAUUUUUUUUUACAAUUAAUCCAACUUUUAUUCCACUUCCGAAAAAACGUAGGCAAAUUACAAUCGUAAAAAAGAUCAAAAAUUAAAUCAAGAAUAUUAAUCCAGUCCUCAGGCAGAUUAGAUCUCGCUUUUGAUCGUGCCACCCAAUCCCUCUGACAUUCAAUGCUAGAGGCACCUCUUUGACUUUAAUAACAUGAUUUGUCCUGA